AUGGCUUGUCACAACCUAGGCUAUCGAUACCUAUGGGUGGAUAGGUUUUGUAUUGUGCAGGAUGACGAACCUGAGCGCAAAACCGUACAGCUGAAUCAGAUGGGUGCGAUAUAUAGGGGAGCUGCGUUCACCGUUGUCGCACUCGCUGGAGACGAUGCGGACUGUGGCCUCCCCGGCGUCAGCGAGCCCAGGACCUCUGUCCAGCUAAUCUUCACCUUUGCGGAUAUGUGCAUGUGUCAGGGUGUUCGACCCCUCAGGUGGCAUAUACACUACAGUGAAUGGUACGAUCGCGGUUGGACGUUCCAGGAAUUACACGCGUCCUCGAGGUGCUUGUUCUUCACAAAUGAAGGUGUAUUUCACAUCGACUACACGCAAAGAGAGCGACACGGAGCAGAGCCCCUAAGCGUCUACGAGGAGUCCACUGGCCGCCACGUCCGCGACUACUUGGGCCGCGGCAACCGAACGCAUUACUACACCAACAUGGUGCACGAGUACACAGCGAAGACGUUAACUUUUCCAAGCGACAUCCUCCGUGCAUUCUCUGGCGCUCUCUUCGACAACUACGAGUCGCGGACCGUGUUUGGUCUGCCAUGGGCCGACUUCGACCGCGCGGUCUUGUGGUACGUUGACGACGAGGACGGCAUGGUGGCGCCGCCACCGGGGGCGGGUGUGUUCCCCUCGUGGUCCUGGACCUCUGCGCCCGGGCAGAAAGCGUUCCACGCCGAACGGCCCUACGGACUCGCGUACUGGGCGCGGGUGCAGACUUUGGAUGAUGUCGGGUUUCCUGUCCGCGAGAUCGUCGUUGCGAGACCUGACGAAAAUGACCUCCGACUGUUCUCGUCGAUGAAAGAGACGGCGCAAAGAGAUGCGGAGUACUUGCAGAAAGCGAGGGUUAUUGCGGGUCUGGCGUGGCACGAAGGCUGCGUCACAUCUCACCGUCCCCGCGAGAUCUCGGCGGACUGCACGCGUGAGCGGUACACCGAGAGACUGGGAGACCGAUGGCCAGACUACAGCGCAUAUUGGCGUGACGCUUUUGGACGACACAACCCGCGCGACCUAUUCAGCGCCGCAGACAUCGAUCUCAGCGAGCGCGACGGCCGCCUUUUGCUUCACACCCAGAAAGCCAGGUUCGUUCUCGAUGGUCCCAGACGCAUCGGCGGCUUCUACGACGGAGAGAGCGAGACCCUCAACACGUACUACAUCCGCAACAGCAGCGGCAGACUGGUCGGCCAUCUGCUGCUCGAUGCGUACCAAGCCUACAUCCCAUCGGACGCAGACUUCCUCUCCCUAGCCGCCGGCACCGACCUCCUGCUGAACUACCACGCCUUCUUCAACGAAAACGCGUACUGGUCGAAUGCCGACUACGGCUGUCCUUGCCACCGCUUUGCAAGCAACACGUCCAGCGUUUCGCACAGGCGCGUCCAACACAUCGCCGAAUGCCGCCACCACCCCUCCUUCACCUCCCCCCUCCCCAACCAGGCCGAACUAGACGCCGAGCACGCGCAAGGGACGUACAAGACGCACUACGAGCUUGAUAUGCAGGCGAUUUGGAGGCAUUAUGCAGGGGUGAGUUACUACGGUGCUGGGGGCGGCUUGAUGCAUCACUGGCACGAUGUACCCGUCGUGCACGUUAUGCUGGUUGCGCCGAGCACGGGGCAAGGCAAGGGGACGGGGGCUUAUCAGCGAUUGGGGUUGGGCGUUGUUUAUUUGAAGAGGUGGGUGGAAGCUGGGCCGGUGGUUGGGAGCGUGGUUUUGGAGUGA